CCUGACGCAGACAGAGAGCAGAAGUGGAGCGCGAGGCCCAAACUGCAGUCCCCUUGCUCGGCGAUCCAAGAGGCCCGGGCGUGCACCCGGCUGGAGAUGCCCGACCACCUACACACCUUCGUGGUUAAGGUGAACGUGUCCACAGAAAUCAUAUUCGAGGCCGGGGAUGACCAGCAGCUGGCCGCUUGGAUAGCCGAGAUUCAGCAGCGCCUCCCCAGCCAGCGCUGGGUUCGACAUUUAAAGCCCCAGCCAAAUCCUGCCAGCAGCAUGAAGCCUGCUUUCUCCCCGCCAGGCGCACUGCUCUCCAGGCCCGCAGAGCAGCCCAGCCAGAGGAUCGACCACUACCUGUCCUCCUUCCCCUGGUUCCACGGCCCCAUCUCUCGGGUCAAGGCAGCCCAGCUGGUCCAGCUGCAGGGCCUCGAAGGCCACGGGGUCUUCCUCAUCCGGCAGAGCGAAACCCGCAGGGGAGAAUACGUUCUCACUUUCAACUUCCAAGGGAAAGCGAAGCACCUGCGGCUUUCGCUGACGGAGCGGGGCCAGUGCCGCGUUCAGCACCUGCGCUUCUCCUCCAUCCUAGACAUGCUGCAUCACUUCCAGCACUGCCCGAUCCCCCUGGAGUGCGGCACGGCCUGCAACGUUCAGCUCUCCAGGCACGUGGUGGUCAUCCCGCCUCUGCAAGCCUCCAGCCACGCAGCUGCGCUCCCACCUUCCCUCCAUCGCUGCAGUCCCGAGGUCAGCUUCGUGCAGCUGAAUCCGGCUGGCUGUCCACGGAUCCGCCUGGCUGACAACCUUCACCGCCACUCCGUGGAGCAGAUCUUCCACCUUGUACCCCCUCCGGAAGAACUGGCCGGUGGCCUUCGGCACGGCCACAGCCGGGCCUUGCCGUCCCCCACCCCUGUGGCCCGUCAGUGGGACAGUGACUACGAGAUGGACGCCCAAGGCAGGGGGCACCUGCGGGCGGUCAGCAACCAAUACACGUCCCUCUGACACCCGCGGCUCUUGCCCAGGACGCUGAAUGACCAUGUUGGAAACCGUGCCCUCGUCCAGCUGUGUUUAGUAUUUGGCCGGUGAGGCUGGGCGUUCGCUCCCUUUGGGGUGCGACUGUUGGAUCAGGCUUGCUCCAGGACCUCCUCGGCCUGCGUGUUUCCCCUGACUCUCAUCGGUUUGCACAUGCCUCUUCUUCUUUUGCAUUUAGCUUUUUUAGUGGUUCAUACGAUAUUUGCAGUGGCUGAUUUGGGGAUCUUACCCCAGUCUUUCCUUUGAGGGGAGAGGAAAGCGGCGGGGUGGGGGGAUAAGGACAGAAGAGAGGCCAAAUUCCCCACCCCGAUCCCCUGCUGCUUUCCAUCCUCACCAUCUUGUCACUGAAUUAAGGCAUUCGGGUUCUCCAAGAGAAAACUACCUUCAGGGCUUUUCUGGAGUCCUGGAGGAGGAUUGAAACAGGUGGCUCUUGCUGAAAACACACCCUCAGCCGGGGCAACUGGAGGCUUCAACAUUCAUUGCCACCUCGGUGGCUGGGUCUUAGUGCCUCGCUCCCCCGCCCUCCAAAAAUUGCUCUUCCUUGGUGGGCAACGAUGCAGUUGCACCAGUCAACUGUCACGGCGUCUUGGCACCGUGUGUGAGCCUGUCUGCAAGUGCAGCUUGCUCCGUUAAACAGGCAGCAGUGGCCCUCUGGCGCUUCUGAGUUUUCAAAUGCAAAUCCAUCUCAAUUUAUAGGAAAGUCCCACUAGAGUAAUGCAACUUGGCAUGGAUAUAGUGAACAGUAUGUCCCUCCCCCUUUUUUUUGCUAUUAAAACCACCAGACCAACAAAGGACAAGUAGCAGGUGCCAUUCGCGUCUCUCCUGCCCCAGACACCCUUUGAUAACAGCCGGAGUUAAAGGCAGCGCCUUUUCUCCGAACGCCUCCCAUUCAGCUGUCUCCAGGCAGAAAUGUUGAAAGGCUGCCUUAAAACCAACGUCUUGGGGCCCCAGGAAUCACCUGAACCUACCCCUUUCCAGUGGCCCACAACAUCGCCAGCCGCUCUCUCUUUUGCAAAGAGCAAGCUGGUCCUCUGCAAUUUACGGGGCAAUGGCCGCAGCCAAAAACUUGGAGAAAAACACCCAUCACCCACGGGUGAUGCAUUCAGACCCCAAAGUCCAUUUUUUAAGGACGGUGGUGGUAGAGAUUUAAAUUCUCGUUUCCCUGCUUUGGUUGCACAAAGCAGCCUCCUGCCACGGGUGACGUGGUGGGAUUCGAAGGUCUGGCAGGAGGUUAUGUGAGCUCUUCCUCACAUGUAGCAAGGCUUCUUUAACGGGGGGGGGGGUGAACUUCCCAAUUCCCACAGUAACCAUAUGUACCUCGAGGAGGAACUGCAGGCUGAAAAACAGCCACCGCAAAUCAUCUUAAUCUGCUUGACAGCAGGAAGCUGAAAGGGAAACAGGGAAGUGAUAAGUCUGCCAGGGUUGCAAUCGCUCGACCAAACAGAGGAAGUUGAGUUUGGUCUUUUCUGCAAGAAGCCGGUGGCUGUCCUCCAGCUCUUGGGGCAAAUUCAAAUUGCCGAUGCCCGGGGAAGGGCAAACACACACUGCCUAGAUCGUGACGUUUUGGGAGCCAAUUCACACGUGCCUUGCACUGGAACUGCCUUUAUCUAAUCAGUGGCUCGACCCUGUGCUGGAGAGUCCCAGGAACAGGCAAGCUUGAACCUGCUUGGAGGAAGCUGACACCCUCCCCUGGCCUGCGAUGUCGCCCUUGGAAUAUUAGACACUGUAGCCCAGGCCAGCUGGAGGGCCCCAGGUUGGAGGUAUGCUGAACUCAGCCUGAAACUUUAUUUUAGAACAAUGCUUCUCAACCUUAGCCAUUUUAAGAUGGGUGGGCUUCAACUCCCAGAAUUCCCCAGCCAGCAUGAAGUCCACCCAUCUUAAAACGGCUAAGGUUGAGAAACACUGUUUUAGAGGGGCAGCAUCAGCUUUUCCUACCUGGUACAUCUUUGCAUCCCUGAGCAGCGACAGGCAGGAGAGCCUCAAGUAGAUACAAGAACACCUUGCGACCUCUACCUCCGCAGCCUGUGCUCCAGCUACCUUCCCCCACGGGAAGAGCUUCCAGAUUCUUCCCCUUCUCCUUUUCUUGCUAACAGAGAUCAUCUUUCAGGGUUUUUUUUUUUUUUAAGGAUAAUAAAUGGAGCACCAAAGCUUUUUGGAAUAUUGGAACAAAACCUAGUUUUCUAAACUCACGUACACUGGAUGGUGGGGGGAACGGGGGCGUGGGGGAAUAAAUGCAUUUUCCAAACCCUUUGCUGAAAACCCUCUGGGAGAAUCCAGCCCAGGAUUGAAGGGAAUUCCCUCUGUUCCCCGGGGCCUGACCAGCUUGUGCCGGUGGUUCCGCCACGCAAGAAGAGAUGGGCGGUGGAGUCACCAGCGGCCGAGCCAUCGGCGCCAACUCGCGCGGCUUCCUUCAAAUGUUAAGGGGUAGAAGCUGCUUCGCCUCCUGCAGUUCCCAGCUUUGGAGUCCCACCGGUGGGUCUCUGCGAGGACAGCAGCCGCGCGGGCGGGUUCCACGGCUCGGCUCUCAAAACUAAAUAAAGCCAAAUGGGCCUAUGAGGAAGAAAACUCUGUUCUUUUUCAGCCCCCUCACAUUCUGGCCCACUCGCAGAACUUUCCCUGUAUAUUGUUUCCAUACGUACGUGUAACUUAUUUUUGAAUACUGCUAAAAUAUUCCGAUGUGCUCUUACCUUAAAAUAAACCGUU